AUGGCAGGAUUCCAGGAAACUAAAGUAGUUGGGAGGUAUUUGGGAGCUUACAUACGGGAAGGAAGAGGAAGCAUAAGGAAGUACAAACACAUCCUGGACAAGGUUAAGUGCAAAUUGAAAGGGCAAAAGCAAAAAAGUUUAUCGAUGGCUGGUAGAACCGUACUAUCCCAAUCAGCCAUUGGCCCUUUGGCAAAUUUUGCAAUGACACAUAGUCGGGUUCCCAAAUAUAUCUGCAAGAGUAUCGAAAAAUCUCAGAGACAAUUCAUUUGGGGUUCUAAUGAAAAUGAAAGGAAGAUACAUAUGGUUAGCUGGGAGACCAUGUGCAAACCGAAAGAGGCUGGUGGACUUGCUUUGAAGAACCUGGAAAGAAUGAACACGGCUUUCAUUGCCAAAUUAUGUUGGGAGAUAGUUAAUAACUCAGAGUCGCUAUGGGUUAGAGUCUUGUGUAACAAAUACAAAGUUGACAUCCAUGCAAGGAGUUGGGCUGUUGGUUUGGGUAGCUCUUCUCUAUGGAAAGCAAUGUCACAGGUCUGGAAUUUUAUUGAAGGAGGUACUAUGCAUAGAGACGGCAAUGGAGAAAGCACUAUGUUCUGGAAAGACUUUUGGUUGAAUAUCGAUGGCAACCAACAUCACUGUCUCGCGGGAAGAGAUCAUGGUGAAAGAUAUGGUUUCCUCAGAUGGGUGAUGGAACCUAAAAGAGUUACGGAAGGUUCUCCUGAAUGA